AUGGAGGCUUUCGAGCGCUAUGAGAAGGACUUCACGGAGAAGCACUUCCUGAAGAAGACGGACAUGACUGAGGACAUUGAGCACCGCGAGGGCAUGAAUGUCAUUUCGGACGAGGGUGUGCUUGUGGAGUGGGGCGAGAGUGCAGAUCCAGACGGUGCUGCGGACCUGGGCGGCAUGACAGAGAUCUACAUGAUGGGCGCCGCAGGACCCCGCAAGAAGGCGAACCGCAGCGCCCCCAUCCCCGACGACAGCGGCGAGCGGGUCGAGGUCCCACGUGAGACUGAGCAGCCAGGAGGACCGACAUCCAGAAAGGAGACGACAGGAGUGCCCAUGGACCAAGCUCGCGCGCUACACGAGCGCUUGAAGCGCGCGUCCCACAAGAAGGUGGAGCACGACCUCGGCGACGCGGUGGAGGGCGACAUCCUCGAGACGCGCCAGCUGGCGGCCGCUUGGCGCAGCAG